GGGGCCUGUGCAGGAGGAGAAGUUGAAGACAGCAGCGCAGCUAAAGGCGGCUCGUCCGGAAGAAGAAAGCCCCUCCAUCAUUGAAAACUGCUGUGUUACGUGGCGGCUCCCGGGCGGCUUCAUGCUCUGUGUCAGCGGGGACGUCUGAGUGUGUCGGCGGCUUCGCGGCGGCCGGUGUCCGGGUCCCGGAGUGCGGGGAAAAAUGCCUUCUCUUCUAUGGAGGGUUUUGCAUCUUGUGUUGCUUCUCUUCCCUUCCACUGUGGCUGCAGAGGAGUCCUCGAUGCUGGAAGGCUGGACCGAUGUGUGGUUCUUCAGAUUCCUCAUCAACGUACUGGGAUACUCCACCAUCAUCAUUCCGGGCUACCUCCUCAUUUGCUACUUCAAGCGCACCAAAUACUUAGAAACAGGUAGUGGGAUCUGCCAUCCUCUGAUAAGGACCUGCGUAUUUGGCAAUGAGGCCAAAACAGGUCUGUUGGAUGACGUGUCGGUUGCACCCAGGAAUGAAGGAGACUCGGGCUCGUCACUCAAACAGGGCGUCAAAUUAGUCUUUUGUGCUGCUGGACUUCAGGCUUCCUACCUGACAUGGGGGGUCCUGCAGGAGAGGGUGAUGACUCGUUCCUAUGGAGCCACGACUCCAGAGGAGGAGGGGGAGAAAUUCAAGGACUCCCAGUUCCUGGUCUUCAUGAACCGCAUCCUGGCUCUGACCGUGUCGGGCCUCUGGUGCCUUCUGUUCAAGCAGCCUCGCCACGGAGCGCCCAUGUACAAGUACUCCUUCGCCUCGCUGUCCAACGUCAUGAGCAGCUGGUGCCAGUACGAGGCCCUCAAGUACAUCAGCUUCCCCACCCAGGUCCUGGCCAAGGCCUCCAAAGUCAUUCCCGUCAUGCUCAUGGGGAAGCUCGUCUCCCGCAAGAGCUACGAGUACUGGGAGUACUUGACCGCCGUGCUGAUCUCAGUGGGAGUCAGCAUGUUCCUGUUGUCCAGCACGACCAGUAAGCACCCGUCCAACGUCACCACCUUCAGCGGCAUCCUCAUCCUCGUCGGCUACGUGGUCUUCGACAGCUUCACCUCCAACUGGCAGGACAACCUGUUCAAGCACAAGAUGUCGUCGGUGCAGAUGAUGUUCGGGGUCAACCUGUUCUCCUGCCUCUUCACCGUGGGCUCGCUGCUGGAGCAGGGCGCCUUCUUCGAGUCGGUGGCCUUCAUGACGCGCCACUCCGAGUUUGCCUUACACGCCGUGAUGCUGUCCGUGUGCUCGGCGUGUGGCCAGCUCUUCAUCUUCUACACCAUCAGCCAGUUCGGUGCGGCCGUGUUCACCAUCAUAAUGACCCUGAGGCAGGCCAUCGCCAUCCUCCUCUCCUGUUUCCUCUACGGUCACGCCGUCACCGUUGUAGGUGGAUUCGGUGUGGGCGUAGUUUUCCUGGCCCUUUUCCUCCGGGUGUAUGCACGUAACCGCAUGAAGUCGGGUCGACGCUCAGCGCUGCCGCUGGCACAGAAGGUGUAACACCGAACUGGGAACUGAGGCCACGUUUUCUGUGGUGCUUUUUGUCUAUUUUUGUGUCUCUGUUUGAUUUGUGGAUCUCUUUACCGUUUUCUUUUUCAUUUGUUUAUGUUUCUGUUAGCUACGGUACAGAAAGGGAUUCAGCAGAUUUGACUCUUACACCAUGAUGACCUCAAGGGGUCAAUGUGAUUUCAGUGCCUGCAGUAUUGUUUAAGACACAGUUCUCAGACCACAACUUCGUUGUUUGGUUCUUUUACAGUUUAAUGGUGGACUAUUUUUUCUAUAACCACGAUAUGUGGCUUGUGGAUCCUGUUUUAGGUUCCCAUGAUCCUGGUAAAGGUGUGUGGGCUAUAGACAUAAACGUAUAUUUUCACCAUUUCAUGGCAAUACCACUUUAUCUGAAUCCAAAACAUUUGAACGAUUUAAUCACCUCCAUUCAGGCCUCAGUUUUAAACCUCGGUUCAGGCUUGAUGUCCAUGCUCCAGAGUUUUCAAGUGCCUAAAAUGAAGAAAUCUGAAAACGGCCCUGUUUUAUUUUGAAAACUCUGGGUGAGAGUUGAACUGUAAACUUAAGAUGUUUGAAAAGGAGACACUCACCUGCGUUCACUCCCAUUUUUUAAUCUUAUCAGUCACGACACGACAAUGAGCGGUUAGGGCAAAAUGUCCCGUUUCCAUCGCCGGGCCAAGAAAAGAGAACUGUCCUCUUACUUUUAGGCAUAUGUGGUUUCUCAUUUGUAACAUAACUAAGCCACCGGCUGCAGGGUAGAUGAUCCACUUCCUGUUUCCACCUGCACGCUCAUGCCUGUAAUGUUUGUGAUUUGUGUUUUCAGAUGUAUGGGCGGGGAUUAUUAUUCAUUCAUUGCUAAAACAUUCAAAUGGAUGGAGGUUGUUAGUUUUGAAAUGCCGCUUAAACAUGUGUCUUCGAAAUGAUUUGUUUUUAAUGUAUCCAGAACAUGGUGCAGACAUUAUUGGUUUACUUUAAGGUUCAUUAACUUGUUCCAGGGGCUAACAUCUGUAAUGGAGGGUGGUAAACAACGAUUUAUGUAAAAAAAAAAGAUCACAGGACAUAGAAAUGAUACAAUUUGGCCCUGACAUCGCUGAGGCAGAUGUGGCUCCAAAUUAUCUUUCAGAUCUUUUUGUUUUCCUGACAAUGCAGAUUAUAUUUAAUAUUUUAGAAUCCAGCUUAAAAAAAAUAUAUAUUGUGUAAAUAUAUGGUUUAUUUCCAACCCA